CUUGCUGAGUGUCUCUGUGGGAGCUAUGCCAUCAGAGGGGCUCCACCAGCUCCCUCCCUAUCCCCUAGGUAAGUUCAGGUCUUGGCUCUGGUGAGCAUGCACCCUUGCAAUCAAUCCGAGUCAGCACCAGUGACAGCUCUGCAGUCCUCCAAUGUGGUGCUGAUCAGGUGUUCUCAGAGCCUGGCUCAGCUCACAGCGACACAAUGCAGCUGAGCAGGCUGAGAAGGGGAGCACCAAGCCCAGCCUCCGGCACACAGCCUGUCCCUGCUCUCCAGAACCCAGCGGGCGACCUUUGAGCUGGAGCUUCAGAGAGAGAUGAUGUGCUGAGGUGGAAGACAACCCUAUCUGUGGCAAAGAUGGAAUAUCAGAUAUUGAAAAUGUCUCCCUGCCUGCUUAUCCUCCUGCUUCUCGCCCCUGGCAUUCUGUGUAUCUGUCCUCACCAAUGUACAUGCUCAGAAAAGCACAGGCGGGUGGAUUGUUCAGGCAGAAACUUGACUCUGUUGCCCCCUGGACUCCAAGAGAACAUUGUUCACUUAAACCUGUCCUCUAACCUCUUCACUGAUCUUCAUAACCAGCUAACUCAAUAUACCAACCUGAGGACCCUUGACGUGUCCAACAACAUGCUGGAACGCCUCCCUGAGCAGCUGCCCAGGUCCCUCUGGGAAAUGUAUGCCACCAACAACGCCAUCAAACUUCUGGACAAGUCGGAUACUGCCUAUCAGUGGAACCUCCGGCGCCUGGAUGUUUCUAGGAAUAUGCUGGAGAGGGUUGUUCUCAUCAGAAAUACCCUCAGUAAUCUUGCGUCCCUCAAUCUCAGCAGUAACAAGCUCUGGACGGUGCCCACCAACAUGCCCCCCAACAUAAAGACAGUGGACCUGUCUAGCAAUUCUUUGACCCAAAUUCUUCCAGGCACAUUAGUGAAGCUGAUAAACCUCACACACCUUUACCUACACAACAACAAGUUCACGCAUAUUCCCGAUCAAGCUUUCGACCACCUGUCUCAGUUGCAAGUGAUCACUUUGUACAACAAUCGGUGGGCUUGUGAGGACAAACAAAACGUCACCUAUUUACUGAAGUGGGUACUGCAAACCACAGCUCAGGUGGUUGGGUCUCCAUGUUCCAACUACACAACGCCCUGGCAGAACCACACUGAACAACCUACCCUUUCGGCAGGGACCUCAAGCACUUUCACCGGCAGUGGCGCACAGGCCACGGAUGCCAUUAGUUCCCUGAGUCUGGAAACCCUACACAAGGUGACCAAAAUACCCAAACAAUAUCGAACAAAGGAGUCCACAUUCAGUGCCACUCUAAGCAAAAGCGUAGUCCUUCCAAGCACUGAUAAGUCUUUGGUUCUCUAUCCAGAAGACCUGCCCACAGGAAAGACAAACUCCCAUGAAGCGGCAGCGGCAACACUGACCAUUCAUAUUCAAGACGCCACCAGCUUCAACUCCAGCUUCAUGAGUUCCACAAAGUCAUCUACAACUCCCAUGACCCUAAGCAUCACCAGUGGUGUGCCGAGCAGCUUCUCCGGAAUGGCUCAGCAAAGCACAACUCUCACCUUAAGGAGAGAGGAGACAACCACCAGUGCUUUUAAUGCUCACUUACCUUCCACAGCAAGUAUCUGGAGAGCAUACGUGCUGCAUGUCUUAGGGAUCACUGUUGCUGUAAUAAUGGUCGUGCUGACUGGCUGAGGACCAGAAUGUUCUGAAAUUAACAAAAGUACUCCUCUCUGUGAUGUAGAUUUGGAAAAAACGUGCUCCUAUCUAACCAGUGACUCAAAUUACAUAAAACCCUCGAAGGCCAGUCUUGCAUUUCUGACUCUGAUCUUAAUGAAGUAACUUUUGUCCUAAAUACAAGAAGUGCACAAAUAAUGUCUUGGUACUUUGCUGCUAUUUUACUGUCUUAACUGAGUAAAAUCUAACCUGUUAAGUCUUUUUUUUUUUUUAAUGAAAUGUUUAUUUUGUAUCUUAAGGCUUCAUUUUCUUGCAAAAAAUAUAAAGCAUCUGAACUUUAAUAUGUA